GAUAAUACUGUUGUGGCGGCUAAUACUUCUCUUUUUAUUCAGAAAAUUAAACUGGAAAGUAGAAAGGCAUUAUUCUUGGGUCUGGAGAAUAAUGGAAACCGAGUUAGUGGAGAAUGGCAAGUACGAGCCUUUAUUUGAAACCAUGAAAGCAAAGGGGAGGCUGGUUUACCGCCUUUUCUCAGCUUCCAUUUUUGUGGGAAUUGUUUGUGUUUGGAUUUACAGAGUGAUUCACAUUCCAGAAGCUGGAGCAUAUGGAAGAAUGGGUUGGAUAGGGGUGUACGGGGCGGAGUUAUGGUUUGGUAUUUACUGGAUUUUCACUCAGGCUCUGCGUUGGAACCCUGUGUUUCGUCAACCUUUCAGACAAACACUCUUGAAAAGGUAUGGGAAGGCUUUGCCAAGAGUGGAUGUGUUUGUAUGUACAGCUGACCCUGCAACUGAGCCGCCAAUGAUGGUGGUCAACACUGUUUUGUCUGCCAUGGCAUACGACUACCCACCGGAGAAGCUCAGCGUUUACCUCUCUGAUGAUGCUGGAUCUGAGCUUACCUUCUAUGCUCUAAUGGAGGCUUCCAACUUCUCUAAGCAAUGGAUUCCCUAUUGCAAGAAAUUCAACAUUGAGCCAAGGUCCCCAGGAGCUUAUUUUAGUUCAACUCCUGAUGUCAGCAGUGGCAGAGAUUUCUCCCAUGUAAAGAAGCUGUAUCAAGAAAUGGAGAACAGAAUCGAGAGUGCAUGCCAACUAGGAAGAAUCCCCACAAAUGAAUACCAUAAGCACACAGGAUUUUCUAAGUGGGAUCCAUCUUCAUCUCGUAAAAAUCAUGCUGCUAUCUUGCAGAUUGUAAUUGAUGGAAGAGAGGAAGAAGGCAAAGACAGUGAAGGGCAGUCAUUGCCAACUCUAGUGUACAUGGCCAGGGAGAAAAGGCCAAACUAUUUUCACAAUUUCAAAGCCGGUGCCUUGAAUGCAUUGAUAAGGGUUUCAUCAGAGAUCAGCAAUGCUCCUAUCAUUCUUACUCUCGACUGUGACAUGUACUCAAACGACUCGGGUUCAGUUCAAGAUGCGCUUUGCUUCUUCAUGGAUGAAGAGAAAAGCCACAAUAUUGCUUAUGUACAGUAUCCACAGUCUUUCCACAAUAUUACCAAGAAUGAGUUAUAUGGAGGCUGUUUGAGAAUAUCCUAUUUGGUGGAACUUCAUGGCAUGGAUGGCUAUGGUGGUCCUUGGUAUAUCGGAACUGGCUGCUUUCACAGGAGGGAAGCUCUAUUUGGAAAGGAAUUCAGCAAGGUGGCUAGGAAUGAAUUAUUGAAGAGUGACGACCCUCCUAGAAGAACAUAUAAAAAUGUCGAUGAGUUUGAAGAGAGUCUGGAGGAACUAGUGAGCUGCACGUACGAGGAAAACACUCAAUGGGGUCGUGAGAUUGGUAUGAAAUAUGGAUGUCUAGUUGAGGAUGUGCUGACAGGGUUUUCGAUUCUAUGCAACGGGUGGAAAUCAGUUUAUUUUAGCCCGGCAAGAAAGGCGUUUUUGGGUUCCACCGGAACCACUCUGGAUCAGGUUCUGCUUCAACAAAAGAGAUGGUCUGAAGGAGGCUUUCAGACUCUUUUUACAAAGUAUAGUCCAGUUAGGCAUGUACUAGGAAAGUUCAACAUUGGUCUUACAUUGAGUUAUUUGCCCUAUUGUCUGUGGGCUCCUCAUUGCUUCCCAGUUCUAUGUUACUCUAUUAUACCUUCUCUUUACCUACUCAAAGGGGUUCCCUUGUUUCCUCAGGUCUCCAGUGUGUGGUUUUUGCCAUUUGCUUAUGUACUAGCCACGACGCUUGCUUACAGCUGUGCUGAGUUCCUCUAUACAGGCGGAACGCUUCUAGGCUGGUGGAACGAGCAAAGAAUGUGGCUAUACAAGAGAUUAGGCGCUUACCUCCUCGCGUUUCUUGAUAUAACGCUGAAGUUGGUGGGGUGUUCGAGUUCAACGUUUGUAAUCUCAGCAAAGGUGUCGGACGAGGAUGUUUGUGUGAGGUAUGAGCAGGAGAUGAUGGAGUUUGGGAGUGAUUCUCCCAUGUUUACCAUCUUGUCAUCUGUGGCUAUGCUCAAUGCCUUCUGCUUUGUUUGGGCAGUGAAGAAAAUGGUGACAGAAAGAUUAUUUGUGGUGUUUGAGAAUGUAGGGUUGCAGAUUGUACUUUGUGGGGUGCUGGUUUUGAUCAAUUUGCCAAUAUACAAUGCUAUGUUCUUCAGGAAAGAUAAGGGAAGGAUGCCAAACACAGUUACUUAUAAAGCAAUUGUUGUAGCUCUCUCUGCUUCCACUUUUUUCACUUUUUUGUAAUUCCAAUUCUACACCUUCACUCCCUGGGUGGGUGGCAUAGGUGCAAUAUCUCUUGCCAGGAAGACUAACAAUAGCUCAGUAUACUGCUUUAAUUUGGUACAAAUAUUUAUCAAUAAUGUAAGCAUUUCUCA